AUGAACGUAUCAGAAGCGAGUAGCAGCACCCUUAGCGGCGACGGCAAUAGCGUCAUGCGCAGCAGUCUACAAAGCUGCAACAUUAGAAACUCAUCAAUCAAGCGAUGUUCUAUGAAUGACUGCGUUUUAUCGAAUGUGGAAUAUGCGUCGCGAUCUUCAGCCAAAAACUCCACCUUUCAAGAUGUGGCGCUUUUGAAGCGCAGCGUGAUCACAGAUAGCAUCUUCAACGGCCGGAUUUCGGCAAAGCGAUCGACAUUUAAAAAGGCAGUCAUCAUGGAUGAAAAUAUUUUAAAGCGCUGCACUAUCACUGGAACAACAAUCUUGAAAAGCCACAUUGACAGGGCUAGCUUGACAGACUGUGAUGUGACCGAGUGUGUUGUAUCUCGGUCUGAUUUCAAAGGAAUGAUUCUCAAAUAUGGCGUUUGGAAGAAAGGCGUGCUUGUUGGGAAGAUUGGGGACUGUGAACCAGUGGCUAUCAAGAUGGAUGCUGCAGGGGCAGAAAAUUUUGUUCCUGUUUCAGUUCCCGCUCCUAUGCCCACGGUUCCUCAGUUGGACUCUAAGGCUGUGCAUAGAGGUGCUGACCACCCUCCUGCUUACUUUGUGGAUUCCGACGUCAGUAUUGACAGCGAAGAUGAGUCCGACAAUGAUCGCGAUUUACCGCCGCCUUAUAAGGUAUAG